CUACUGCCCAGGUCAAAGUGAAGGGAGGAGGGAUGCAGGGUGGAGGAAGAAAGCACUGUCAGCGAUACUCUCCGCCCCAAACAAACGUAUCUACUACUAAUCGACUUUUCCUCGUGACACCACGUGAUAUUUCCAAGCGCAUGCUCAGCUGACCAGGGACAACAUCGAGGUACUAUAACUUCCACCCAGAACAUCUCUGAGUGAGUAAGAUCGUGGGUUGGCUUGCACUGAAUCAAUAGUCUACCACAUCCCCUCUACAAUGCCGACCCACUUCACUACUUCGUGAGCAUGGAUGGUCACACUGAAGUUGGGUCAAGCUCACAAGCAGAUGACACUUAUAGCAUUCAAAGUGAAGAGCAGUCCAGAGCAAGAGACCUUGCUGAGUCAGAGGACAGUGCACAGAAAAAUGAUAUGCUUCAGCAAGCCAUGAAAAAUGGGUCUGAAGACUUGCAUGAACUUGCUGAAAAUACCACCUUUAUGCUGAAGGUCAUUGGUGGUGGCAUAACUCGCCAGUCAUACUCACUUUUCCUCGCUGAUCUUUACCAUAUCUACUUAGCUAUGGAAGAGGAGGUAGAGAGAAAUAAACAACAUCCAAUUCUGGGGGCUGUCUACUUCCCAGUCCAGCUAAACCGCAAGCAGGCCAUUGAAAAGGAUCUGGAAUUUUUCCUUGGCACAGAGUGGGCAAGAAAGGCCAAGUGUACUUUUGCUGCACACAAAUACGUGGAGCGCAUCCGGUAUCUAGGGAGGACUGACCCUGCAGCUCUCGUUGCUCAUUGCUAUGGCCGGUAUCUAGGGGAUCUUUCUGGUGGCCAAAUCCUUCGCUACAAGCUCAGCAAGCACCUGAAUCUCAAAUUGAAUGAUAAGGACAACAGCGAUGAGAACAACGUUGGGCUUAUGUUUUACAGGUUUGAAAAUAUCCAAAACUUAAAAAAGUUCAAAGAUUUCUACUCUGGCCGUUUAAACAGUCUGAGUUUGGACACGGAGACAUUUCAGAAAAUUGUGGAUGAAACACGAGUAAUGUAUCAGCUCAACAUAGACCUGUUCACGGAGAUGGACAUUUUAGCUGAGAUUAUUCCAGGAGGCUACAGCAGCAGCAAGCUGGGUACAGAUCAGGAUGGCUCUCACAAUUCUAACGGAAAUGUAGAUGGCAGUAGCAAUGUUACAGCCUUAAUUAAGGCCUUGAAGCCAUCAUCUUUGUCACUGCAAUGCAUUGAAAAGGUUUUGCUGGUGUCCAUUGGGGCUUUGUUUGCUGCUGCCCUCAUGAGUUUUAUGUCUAGUAAAUGAAAAAUCAUUUGCUGGCGAUGUGGAAUCUGGUUUGAAGCCUGUCUGCUGAAAUCAGCCUUCCUGUAAGACUACGCACAAUGGUUUAGUCACAUGAUAUUUUUCUUUGAUAUUAUCUUUGUCUCUUUGGAUAGGAUGCUUGGAAACUCUGACGAGAUUUAUUGUUUGAUAUUAUCUUCUGCUGUUAAUCAGUCGACCACAGGCUACCAAAUUUUCUUUAUUACUUUAUAUUGUGACUUGAAUAUCCAGCAAUAUCUAGCUAUCAAUAAUGAUAUAAUAAUUAUAUCAACUCUCCAAUACCGACAAUGAUUCAAUAUUCAUUUUGACAAGAGUAGCAAACAUCAUCAUACAUUAACGGGGUAUUGAGCAUACUUCACAUGAUACAGCUUCGGUUGUUGACCUUCUUAUCUGUAAACACGUGUGUAUAAACUAUGCUAGCUGUCUUGUUCUUCUUGCAUUAGCGCAUGACAGGGCUUGAACAAAAUAUUGUUCUUCAUUAUGUUGUGUGAUAUAAUAAAAAUAUCCAGUCUG